AUGUUGGGGGGUGUUUCGGUCAUUGCAUCCGCCGGGAACUACGGUCCUGCUGAAUACAGUGUAAUGAAUGUUGCCCCGUGGUUGACGACUGUCGGUGCCGGCACGAUCGACCGUUUGUUCUCGGCUGAUCUUGUACUUGAAUACGGGACGCGGAUGAACGGGGCUUCGCUUUACAGCGGGCCCCCCAUAGAUCCCUCAUUUUUUCUGCCCCUUGCAUACGGAGGGAGUUGUCAGUGGUUGGACGAGAGCUUUUCCGGUAAGAUUGUGGUCUGCAACGAGGAUGACAUCAGCAAAGCCACUGAGAUUGUGAAAAACGCCGGAGGUGCUGGUUUGGUGGCACCCAAGACAUACCUCAAUGCCGAACAAUUUGCGAUCCCUGGUCUCGUCAUCAAAAAGUCUGACUGGAACAUGAUCCGUGACAUUAUCAAGGAAAAAAGAAACACUGUUAUAAAAGCCACGAUCGUAUUCCCCGAUGUGGAACUCGGGAUCCAACCAGCUCCAGUGGUACCUUCUUUCUCCUCCAGAGGCCCUAAUCCUCUUUCACCAUUUGUUAUGAAGCCUGACGUGUUGGCGCUAGGUGUAAACAUCCUCGCAGCAUGGUCAGAAAGUGUCGACUUCAAAAUUGUCUCGGGUACAUCCAUGGCCUGCGCACACGUGUCCGGGCUGGCUGCUCUCUUGAAGGGAGCCCACGCUGACUGGUCCCCAGCCAUGAUCCGCUCCGCCAUCAUGACCACUGCUUAUACCAUAGCCAAUGAUGGCAAACCCAUAAUCAAUGAUGAUGAUUUGACCCAGUCUACAACCUCCGAUAUGGGCGCGGGUCACAUUAACCCGAGUAAAGCCCUUGAUCCAGGAUUAGUCUAUGAUAUCACCCCGCAAGAUUAUGUGGAUUUCCUGUGCGCCUCAAGUUAUGACAUCCAAAAUAUAACCAGCGGCGAAUACAAUUGCACCAAAAAAAUGCCGUGUGAUCUGAAUUAUCCAGCCAUCACGUUUAAUUUUAUGAAUCGUGAUAUCGCUAUUAAAGGGACCGUGACAUAUGUUGGUGAAGAUGAUGCUAGUUACACUGUGACGGUGACCAAUCCUAGAGCGGUGAAUCUGACGGUAGAUCCGACGAGGAUGGAUUUUAAAAGCAAUGGUGAUCAAAAGCAAAGUUACCGGGUGAUUAUAACCGCAACAGAAUUGCCGAAAGGUGUUGUGGAGGGGAAGAUAGUUUGGUCAGACGGAAAGCGGCAAGUGACGACGCCUGUAGUUUUGAAUUCUUAA